CUUACAUCUACGAUUGAUUUAUGUAACACCAUCAUGGGAACCGGACUAAUGAGCAUUCCAUAUGCUUUUGCCACGGUUGGUAUUGGCUAUGGAUCGUUUUUAAUUUUGUGCUCAGCUGCCGCGACAUGGUUUUCUGUUCGACUGUUGAUCUCAUCUGCACAGUUGGCAUAUGGAACUGGUGAGCCAUCAUAUGGUGCAUUGGCUAGGACAGCCAUGGGUCGUCAAGGAGCAAUGUGGGCAGAUAUUGCCAUGUCGGCCUGUUGCUAUGGAUUUGCUGUAUCCUAUUUGGUAUCCAUAGCUGAUUCAAUGCCUAAGGCUGCAGCAAUACUGUUUCCUGAAUUUAUUGUUGGUUCGUGGUUGUACCAUUUAUUUCAAAUUCCGCAGUUUUGGAUGUUUGCAUUUCUAGUUUUGAUUGCACCAUUGUGUUAUGCAAAAUCGGUGGAUGAGUUUUGGUGGUUUUCGUCAACGUGUCUUGGUGCUGCACUUUAUAUUGCGUUUGCGGUGAUCCUGCUGAGCUAUUCUGCACCACAUCCACACAAAGGUGUUGAUCAACACGAGGACAUUCCUUGGUUUUCUGUCCGAAUAGAAGCAUUUCAAACGAUAUCCAUCUAUAUAUUUGCGUUUACAUGCCAUCAAAACAUUUUUUCAGUCUAUAAUGAAGUUGGAGCAACAUAUCGUGGCGAGAGUGUUGCUCCAGAAACAGUUCGACAUAUUCGUCGUGUUGUGGAUCUGAGUAUUAUUGCUGUAGCAAUUCUGUAUCUUGCUGUGGGAAUAUGCGGAUUUUUAGCUUUUGGAAACUCUUCAAUGGUUUUAAUUCUUGAUAAUUUUCCAGACACACCGUUUAUUACGUUUGCAAGACUCAUGUACGCUUUGCUUGCUGCACUGUCUGUUCCGAUUCAAGUGCACCCGUGUCGUGCAUGUCUUGAUUCAGUCUUGACAACAUUUGCCUACCAAUCUCGAUACACUCGUCUUCUUGCUUAUCACACUCUUGCAGAAACCAUUACUUCACCAAUUACAGCUGCUCCAUACAUGACUUCGAAUUUGUUUUGGUAUGCUCACAGAUCGCUACAUAGUGCCAUGCAGCAAGAGCAUUCUCGCAGUUACAUUUUAACCACAUCUAUUCUUGUAUUCACGUACCUCAUGUCCUUGUGGUUUAACACUUUGGAAGAUGUACUGUCGUUUGUUGGAGGAACAGGUGGAGUUAUCAUGUGUUUUGUGAUGCCUGCAUUGUUUUAUUGGAAUUUG